UAUUUUGAUAUAAUUGUAAAUUUGUAAUGCUAAUUUAUAUUGUUAUAAUGUUACUUUCGCUGACUUUCAAAUGUAGAAACUUUGGCUUGAAUAAAGAAAAAAAAAAUGGGAAAAAAUACAAAACAUGUCUGUUCAAGUCCAAACGCGGAUUGAACCUGAUUUUUCAGGUCUGACCCGACACCGAACUUGUUGAAUCAGGUUCGGUCUCCGGUUCUCAAAAUUCACUAAUUCAGGUCCCCAGUCCAAACAGGUCUGGUCCGAUUUUGGACCGGUGUACACCCCUAAGUAUAUCACACGGUGUUGAGGUGAAGUUAACGGCAUAAGUGAAGCAUGCAACAUCCACCCAAAGUACAUGACGCUACGACCAUAACCACCACCAAAGUGACGCCCCUGUUUCUAGCACCACUAGAAAGAAGGCGAGCAACCAUAACACCGUUUUUGCCGGCAACAGCCUCAUAAACCAACCCGAAUGUCGAACUAAUUUCGGCCAAAUUCACCAAUUUUGAGCAAUUUUUGUUCAAAUUAAUGCAUAAAUUCAAGUUCUGGGUUAUUAAUUACAUUCUAGUAAGUCAUCUCUACCCUUUGGGGUUGACCAUGCCCUUAAUUUCACCUUUUAUUCAUAGGGUUUUUGUUUAAUGGAGAAAUUGGUGUCGGCGCAGCAUACAAUUGGUGAGUUUUUUUUUUUUUUUUUUAGAGGAAGCAUACAAUUGGUGAGUUGAGUACACAAACGGCGCUAGUGGAGCUAACAAGCAUUAUACAACAGUUGUAAUCUGACUCAUUGAAUGCUAAAUAAAAAAUAUGAGCUGGAAAAAUAGAUUGACGAAAAUCAUAAAGAUUAACCGGGCUUGCUCAAUAAAUUUUUUAUUUAUUUUAUUUUAUGUGGCAUAGGAGGAGAGCUGAUACAUAUACAACCAUUGUAUGUUGUCCCUAAAUACAACACCAUUAAAAAUUGUAAAAAUUGUAUGUAGUCAUCAUUGUAUGUGUAGCCUUUACCGCAUAAGAGGGACUGAGAGAGAAAAAAUAAAUCAAUCAAUAACUAAAAUUUUUCUCCUAGCACCAACUUAAUUAUUCCACAAGGAAAAGAAAUAAAAGAAAAGAGUUAUCUUACCAGAGUAACCAGACCAAAGUCCAAGUAUAAUAAAAAACUUUCAAGUCACAUUCUUCUGUUAGUAUCUAACUAUAUAUCUAUCCUCAACUAAUCUCUUAAAUUAAACUUUUAAUCAAAGUUGAUUAGAUCAUUAAUCUCUCUUCUCAAUUCAACAUCUACUCUGAAGUCUUCAGAUCUUCAUCUUAAGCUAAUACGAAGCAUUAUCCAUGACAAACAUAUGCUCAUCAAAUUCUACAGUAUCAUUAGACAGUAAUGAUCUCCAAGCCAAUUUCCCAAUUAAAGAAGCUACCAUUAAAGAUCUCCAUACAGCUUUCCACCAAAACAAGCUUACCUCAAAAGAACUAGUACAAUUCUACCUAUAUCAGAUUGAAAAACUCAACCCAGUUCUCAGAGCAGUCCUAGAGGUCAACCCGGAUGCUCUGGAGCAGGCAGAGGAGGCCGAUAAACGGAGGGCGAAAGCAAAGGAGUCAGGAUCAGUGGAAUCUCUAAGGCUAGAUGGGAUACCAAUAUUGGUAAAGGACAAUAUUGCUACAAAAGAUAGGAUGAAUACGACUGCAGGAUCAUUUGCAUUGUUAGGUUCAGUUGUUCCAAGGGAUGCUGGGGUUGUGGAGAAGCUAAGGCAGGCUGGUGCUAUCAUACUUGGAAAGGCUAGCCUAAGUGAGUGGGCUCAUUUCAGGUCUUUUGGUGCGCCGAGUGGGUGGUGUGCUAGAGGCGGCCAAGGCCAGAACAUACCCUAUCUUAAUUUGCAGAACCCUUACCAUCUAUCAGCAAAUCCUAGUGGCUCAAGUAGUGGAUCGGCUAUAGCAGUAGCUGCAAACUUGGUGGCCGUUACUCUAGGAACCGAGACAAAUGGAUCCAUCCUUAAUCCUUCUAGGACCAAUUCAGUCGUGGGCAUCAAGCCAACUCUCGGUCUCACUAGCCGUGGUGGGGUCAUACCAAUCACUCCUACACAAGACACUGUUGGCCCAAUCUGUAGGACUGUAGCAGAUGCAACAUAUGUUCUGGAUUCCAUUGUAGGCUAUGAUCCUUAUGAUUCUGAAGCGACAACGAAUGCAAGUAGAUACAUACCGCCAGAUGGGUAUGUUCAGUUCCUAAAGCUCGACGGUCUAGAAGGGAAAAGGUUAGGAAUUGUAAGAAAGCCUUUCUUUGAUCAUAUUGAAUGGUCUUCUAAACAGGCCACAACUUUUAAACAGCACUUCCAUACUUUAAGGGAAAAGGGGGCAAUACUAGUUGAUAAUUUGGAAAUACCCAACAUUGAUGCAAUCAUGUCAUCAAACAAUGAGCGAAUGGUGAUGGAAUUUGAGUUCAAAUUAGCUCUGAAUUCUUACUUAGAACAGCUGGUGAAGACUCCUGUACGAUCUUUGGCUGAAGUUAUAGAGUUUAACAACAAAAAUGCCCAAGAGGAAAUGAUUGAAGAAUAUGGUCAACAAAUAUUUCUUUCUGCUGAAGCAACAAAUGGGAUUGGACCUGAAGAGAAGAGAUUGUUGGCAACAUUAGAAGAAUGGUCAAGAGACGGGUUUGAGAAGGUCAUGGUAGAAAACAAGUUAGACGCAAUCAUAACACCAAACUCGUCGUUGUCAACUGUUCUUGCCAUUGGAGGAUACCCAGGAAUUAGUGUUCCUGCUGGAUAUGGUGACAAUGGUGUGCCAUUUGGAAUAUGUUUCGGUGGCCUAAAGGGUACGGAACCUAAACUAAUCGAGAUAUCUUAUGCUUUUGAGCAAGCUACAAAAAUUAGGAAGCCCCCUUCUCUGUGAUUAGUCCUAAAAUUGUAUGUUUAAAAUUGAUUUCUGUAGUAAUAAUGUCAUAUAAUGGUGUUGAAUUUGGUGAUGUUCAAACAAUUCUAUCUAAAAGAAAUGUUGACUUUGUAUCAACUUGUAGAUCAUUUUCCUCAAAAUUAUUCAUGGAAACUUAUGGUUGAUGAUUACAGACUGAGAAAUUUUGUUUCA